UGUUUAUCCAGACCGCCUGCAGGAUUAUGUUGGAAAAGAAGAGGUUUUCCCUGGGCAGGAGUUCUCUGAACAGGAGAGGCAUUCCAGUUUGGACCAAGCAGAACCAGAACCUCUGCAGAUAAAAGAAGAGCAGCAAAAGCCAACACAUCCCUCAAUAAAAGAGGAAACCAAGGAGCUCCACAUAAACCGCCUGCAGGAUUAUGUUGGAAAAGAAGAAGUUUUCUCUGAGCAGCAGUUCUCUGACAAGGAGAGGAAUUCCAGUUUGGACCAAGCAGAACCAGAACCUCUGCAGAUAAAAGAAGAGCAGCAAAAGCCAGAAAGUCCCUCAAUAAAAGAGGAAACCAUGGAGCUCCCCAUAAGUAAACAUGGAGAGCAGCGUGUUCUGGAGCAGGAGACUAGAGAUACAGGAGAGAAACCUUUCCCAUGUUUAAGAUGUGGAGAAAGAUUUCUAAAAAAAGAACAUUUAAAGGUUCACAUGAGAAUUCACAGAGGUCGGAAGAUUUACAAAUGUCAGUCUUGUGGAAAAACCUUCAAAUCUAAAUUUUAUAUUAAUAGACACAUGAGAACUCACACAGGUGAGAAGCCUUUCACAUGUGAGUCCUGUGGAAAAAGCUUUUCUCAGACAUGUGAUCUUGAUAAACACACCAGAAUUCAUACAGGUGAGAAGCCGUUCAAAUGUGAAUUCUGUGGAAAAGGCUUUUGUCAGACGUCUGAUCUUUAUACACACACCAGAAUUCACACGGGUGAGAAGCCGUUUUCCUGUACUCUUUGUGGCAAAAGCUUUAGUAGAAAAAAUAACUUGACUGCUCACAUGAGAAUUCAUACGGGUGAGAAACCUUUCAAAUGUGAGUCUUGUGAGAAAAGCUUUACCGAAAAAGGCACUCUUGAUAAACACAGCAGAACUCACACAGGUGAGAAGCCUUUCAGAUGCGAGUCCUGUGGAAAAAGCUUUUUUCGGACAUCUGAUCUUAACAAACACACCAGAAUUCACACUGGUGAGAAGCCGUUCAAAUGUGACUUCUGUGGAAAAGGCUUUUCUCAUAGAGUUGAUCUAUAUAAUCACACCAGAACUCACACAGGUGAGAAGCCAUUCUCCUGUAGUCUCUGUGGAAAAAGUUUUAUUAGAAAAACUAGCUUGACUUCUCACAUGAGAACUCACACAGGUGAGAAGCCUUUCAAAUGUGAGUACUGUGGAAAAGGCUUUACCUUAAAAGGCUCUCUUGACAAUCACAUCAGAAUUCACACAGGUGAGAAGCCGUUCUCCUGUACCCUUUGUGGCAAAAGUUUUUGUCAACAGGCUAGUUUGAUUUACCACAUGUCAACUCAUGUGCAAAAUGUUUGCCAUCCAUGAAACGGAUCUUAAAAAGAAAGAUGUAUUGCUUCACAUAAGAGAGGUCAUGCAGGAGCCAUAAAUGAAAAGGUGCUUUGAUCUUUGUUUGGGUUUUUAGCUGUUUUGUUUUUGAUUUUAUUUCUUUGUCCA